GUGAAGUCACGUGACAUGACCCGGAACUGGAGGGAGGAGGAGGCGGGGUCUGCGUAUGACAGCAGCAGCAUCACAGUCCUGUCAUCAUCACAGUCAGGGAUGAGCAGCAUGUCUAGACGUUGUGUUCUCCUGCUGAUACCUGUCCUACUGGACCCGGUGCUUUCUAUCACAUUCCACCUACCGGUCAACUCUCAGAAAUGUCUGCAGGGAAACAUCCGCAAACAUUUGCUGGUCUCAGGCUCAUACCAAGUCAGCGAGCAUCCACACAUUACGACUGAUCUGAAGAUCACUGAUUCUUUUGGUGACACGUUGUACGCCAAGGAAAAUGCCACGAAAGGGAUAUUUGCAUUCUCAACAGAAAAUCAUGACAAGUUUGACAUUUGCUUCAACAGCAGAUCUCCAAUGGGCAGUGGAGGGGUCCAUGAACUACUGGUCAAAAUUGACAUGAAGUAUGGCAUGAAAGGAAACACUUACAAAGAGAUUGACAGCCUGAACCCCCUCGAGGCACAGCUAAAACACCUUGAGGACCUGUCUCAGUCCAUUGCAGAUGACUUUACCAACUUGAAGAAUCGAGGGAAAGAGAUGCGACAAACAAAUGAGUCCACCAACAUGCGAGUGCAGCUCUUCAGCUUCAUUUCCGUCUGCGGGUUUCUUGCACUGGCCACUUGGCAGAUUUUCUAUUUGAGACGAUACUUCAAGACCAAGAAGUUUAUUGAGUGAAAGCAUGUGUUUUUUUUAGCACAACCUGAGGGAUGCUGGCAGACUGCAAGUCAGGGAACUUUUACAUGGUCAUGAAAAUGUGCCUUGUGCUGUGUUUCUGAUAAUGCAUCCCAUUUUGUCAAAGUUUGUUUGAAUGGUUCAUCUGCAAAAACAGAUUUAGUUUAUGAAUUUUUUUUUUUUUUUUUUUAACUCUCCGUGAAUUAUUAAUCAAACGAUUACACAUCUCAUUUUUUUAUUACACAAUUGAGGGAAUAUCAGUAAACCUGGCAUUGGGUUAUUCAUUUAAAAAAAUAUGUUUUUGCAAAUUUAUUAUGUCUUAUUUUUCUAUUUCCUCUUAUUUUGUACCAAACAAACUGAA